GGGUAUGCCACAACUUUACGUGUCUCUACAGAGCGCUGCAGGAAGCUCUUGUUGCUGCCCACUGCCACAGCCCCAAGUAUUUCCCAGGAUAAAUUUCCAUCGGUACUUGCAGGGGGACUUGUUUCUCACUGCUCACCCAGACCCAGGAUUUCCUACCUUUUCGUCUUAAAAUCCAACACCAUACCCGAGGCUAACAAAUCUCCACAUUGGACACCUACUGCUUCUGGAAUAUUCCAGUGACAUAGAUGCCUCCCUACAUGGAAGGUCCCUGGAAUCUGAUAUGCAAAUUUAGCUAUGUCAUCAGUGCUCCCAACAGCCUCCCAAGUGUGCCAAAAGUGGAGCACCAGGCCCAGCCUUGUCUCCGAGACCAUGUGAGCUGUCAACAAGUUGCCCCGCCUUCUUCUUCCCCAGUGUCUCAUCUGUGAAGGAGGGUGUUGCUCAGCAUAUUGACAAGGAUUGAGCAGCAGACCUUGCGGAACUUCUGAGCCUGGACAUUUUGUGAGCCACUUCUGAGCAAGAAAACUUGAUUCUAUUGUGAAACCUCUGGCCCAGUGGUCAAAGGGCCUAAUGGCUUCGAAAUCCCAGCACAGCGCUCCCAAAUCCAAGAGCCCCAACAGCAAGGCUGAACCUCAAGGACAAUGGGGCCGUGCCUGGGAAGUGGACUGGUUCUCCCUGGCUAGCGUCAUUUUCUUGCUGCUGUUCGCACCGUUCAUUGUGUACUACUUCAUCAUGGCAUGUGACCAGUACAGCUGCUCGCUGACCGUCCCUGUGUUGGACAUAGCUACAGGCCAUGCUUGCCUGGCAGAUAUCUGGGCCAAGACACCACCUGUGACAGCUAAAGCCGCCCAACUGUACUUCUUGUGGGUCAGCUUCCAGGUGCUGCUUUACUCGUGGCUUCCUGACUUCUGCCACAGAUUUCUACCAGGCUAUGUGGGAGGAAUCCAGGAAGGUGCCAUAACUCCAGCAGGGGUUGUGAACAAGUACGAGGUGAACGGGCUGCAAGCCUGGCUCAUUACCCACCUCCUCUGGUUUGUGAACGCUUACCUUCUAUCCUGGUUCUCCCCCACCAUCAUCUUUGACAACUGGAUCCCACUGCUGUGGUGUGCCAACAUUCUGGGCUAUGUCGUGGCCACAUUCGCAAUGAUCAAGGGCUACCUGUUCCCGACCAGUGCCAAAGACUGCAAAUUCACAGGCAAUUUCUUCUACAACUAUAUGAUGGGCAUUGAGUUCAACCCCCGCAUCGGGAAGUGGUUUGACUUCAAGCUGUUCUUCAAUGGACGCCCAGGGAUUGUGGCCUGGACCCUUAUCAACCUGUCCUUUGCUGCCAAGCAGCAGGAGCUUUAUGGCCAUGUGACCAACUCCAUGAUUUUGGUCAAUGUCUUGCAGGCCAUCUACGUGUUAGACUUCUUCUGGAAUGAAACCUGGUACCUGAAGACCAUUGACAUCUGCCAUGACCACUUUGGGUGGUACCUGGGCUGGGGAGAUUGCGUGUGGCUGCCCUAUCUCUAUACGCUGCAGGGCCUGUACUUGGUGUACCACCCUGUGCAGCUCUCCACCCCCCACGCCAUGGGUAUCCUGCUGCUCGGCCUGGUGGGUUACUACAUCUUCCGAAUCACCAACCAUCAGAAGGACCUGUUCCGCAGGACGGAUGGGCGCUGCCUCAUAUGGGGCAAGAAGCCCAAGGCCAUCGAGUGCUCCUAUACAUCAGCUGAUGGGCAGAAGCACCACAGCAAGCUGUUAGUUUCGGGCUUCUGGGGUGUGGCUCGCCACUUCAACUAUACUGGUGACCUGAUGGUCAGCCUCGCCUACUGCCUGGCUUGUGGCAGCGGCCACCUCCUCCCUUACUUCUAUAUCAUCUACAUGACUAUCCUGCUUGUCCACCGCUGCCUCCGUGACGAACACCGCUGUGCCAACAAGUAUGGCCGUGACUGGGAGCGCUACACAGCGGCUGUGCCCUACCGCCUGCUGCCCGGAAUCUUCUGAGGACCAUCCUGGGAAGCGGAGGGAGGCUUUAUUGAGUGUGUGGAGUUGGAUGCAUGGGGAUUGGUAUCCCACCUUUCCUCUGCAGGAGCUUGGUUUGUUUUUAGAAUGGAGAGCCUGUGCCCCAUAGUGUCUGGUAGCAGCUAGAGAGCUGAAUGUACCUUGAGCCCCCAGCAGACUGAUUUGUUUUCUCUGUUUAGUAUCCUGAGGGCAGAGGACUCUGGCCCUUUCAUGUCUGUCUCUGUUGGGAGCCUGCCAUCUAUUCUGUCCAGAUGGCCUACCAGAUGUCUCCCAGGACUGGGCCCUCCUGGUAAACUGGAGACAGUGUGAGGGACCUGAAGAGUUUGAUAAUGCCACCUUCCCCUCCUGUUCUGCCAUGGUGGGCUGGA